AUGGUCAACUCCUGUAGUGGAUCCGUCUGCUCAGACCAGGGCUGCGGCCAGGAGACCUGCUGCCGCCCCGGCUGCUGUGUGUCCAGCUGCUGCCGCCCCUCUGGCUGUGGCUCCAGCUGCUGCAGCCCCACCUGCUGCAGGCCACCCUGCUGCAUCUCUAGCUGCUGCCGCCCCACCUGCUGCCAGACCCCCUGCUGCCGCCCCUCCUGCAGUGGCACCAGCUGCUGCCUUUCCAGCUGCUGCCGCCCCUCCUGCAGCGGCACCAGCUGCUGCGGCUCUGGCCGCUGCAGGCCCACCGGCUGCAUCCUCGGCUGCUGCCCAACGCCCUGCUGCCGCCCCACGGCCUGCAUGACCAGCUGCUGCAGCCCACCCUGCAGUGGUUCCAGCUGCAGCAGCUCCAACUGCUGCAGGCCACCCUGCUGCACCUCUAGCUGCUGCUGCCGAACCUGCUGCAUAUCCAGCUGCUGCCGCCCCACCUGCUGCCAGAGCCCCUACUGCCGCCCCACUGGCUGCAUUUCCAGCUGCUGCCGCCCUUCCUGCUGCGGCUCCAGCUGCUGCAGGCCCACCUGCUGCAUCUCUAGCUGCUGCCGUCCCACCUCCUGCCAGACCCCCUGCUGCCGCCCAGUCUGUUCUAGCAGCUCCUGCUGCUGA